UUCAUCGUCAUUGUUCGCUCUCUCAACCCAAACCACUUCGACAACCAACGUCCGCCUUACCACCGCCCCGCCACGCCUUUGCACUGCGCAAUGCGUACAACUGCCAGUCUCUUUGCUUCGCUUCCUCCUUGUCGACAACUCCUCCCGCCCGACUGAUUUCCAUCCAAAUCGUUUGCCUCUCUUCCCCACCUCCCUUCCCUCUGCUUCUCUCACUACCCUCCCAUACCGAAUCGUCUGCUGCUUGGGCCACCACCACCACCAUCACCGCCACCGCCUGGCUGCACUCUCCACUGGGGAGCCUCGCGCUACCAAUAUGAAGAACACCAUUUUUGAUCGCCUUCUCAAACGGGAGGUAGCCUCGGAUCGUUCGCGUUAUCCAGGUGUCCCGGGUCUCUAUGGCGAUACCAAAUUCGUUCAAGAUUUAGACAUCGUGAAUGAACUCGAGGGCCAUACCGGUUGCGUAAAUGCUCUGUGCUGGUCCUCCUCUGGUCGCCUCCUCGCCUCGGGUUCCGAUGACCACCGCAUCAACAUCCACAGCUAUCAUCCCGAUUCGUCCACCUCGCAAUUCAACCUCACUACCUCCAUAGUGACCGGUCAUUCCUCCAACAUAUUCUCCGUCAAAUUCAUGCCCUAUUCCAACGAUAGGACUAUAGUCUCGGCGACCGACGACGUCCGAAUUUUUGAUAUUGAACACUCUGGCCAUUCUGCGUUGCGGGGGUCGUCAUCCAGGAGAUCGAAUGGGGCUAGACACCGCGUGGGCAUUCAUGGCAUACCGGAUGGCUUGACCUUAACCCAAGGCGACACCAAUGCGAAAGCAUUCAGAUGCCAUAGCGACACAGUCAAACGCAUAGUCACCGAAGACAGCCCAUUCUAUUUCCUCACCUGUUCCGAGGAUGGCGACGUGCGCCAAUGGGAUAUUCGCCAACCCGCCAAAACCUAUCCACGACCGAGGGACUAUAUGACUCCCAGCUGGGCAACCCAGUCCUCUGACAACGUUCCUGCGCCACUCAUUUCCUACUCGGAUUAUCACCUGGACCUGAAUACGGUGUCGUGUUCUCCUUCUCAACCACACUAUAUAGCUUUGGGCGGGGCACAUCUGCACUGUUUCCUUCAUGACCGGCGAAUGCUAGGGAGAGACAGGCUUGCGGAACGCGGUGUCAGGCUUGCAAGCCCGGACAAUUGGAGUGAUCGCGAAGAAAAGCUUUUCAGUAGCGCGACACAGUGCGUAAAGAAGUUUGCCAAAGAUGGCAAGCAGCGAAUGAGGCGGGAAGAUAAUGGCCAUAUUACCGCCUGCAAAAUCAGUGAUGCCAACCCAAACGAGCUCGUUGUAAGCUGGUCGGGGGAUCAUGUGUACAGCUUUGAUAUCCAGAGGUCUCCAGACGCUUCUAUGGACUAUGACGUGCCGAACUCUUCCACCAGCUCUGCAGGUCGUCGGUCCAAAGAUGCGAGUCGUAAGCGGAAACGACCAAAGUCAGGUUCUCUUGCUCAAGCAGAUCUGGAUCGAAACAGUUCACGACAGCGCACCGACAGUUCUGAUGAUGGUCUCGCGCUGCGUGUGAAUUACGGCAAUGGUCAGAGCGAGGAAUUCCCAAUCGAAGCCCGUCAAAGUAUCCCUUCACACGACGAGUUAGCGGCUGUUCGGGAUACCGAUCACUUCCGCAUUGCAUCUUCUUUGGUGAUGUUUUACGACAUUUUUCAUCUUGCCGAUACAUGUAACAUGGAGGAUUCUGAAUCAUAUCAAGCGAAACUCACCUCGAUUGUGGGUCAAGCAGCAGCGAUUCUACCAGAUGUGGAUGAAGUAUCAAGAUCCUGGCGCUACCCCGUAGACCCCACGCCCGUUCAAGUAGCCAUACAAAACAAGCUCCGAGAAACUCGAUUAGCAUUUCGACGUUUCGUACAAGCUACCGGUACACUGUCUCGAGUUCUAGGUGGGCGUCUGCUGACCCCAGGCAACCCCCAUGCCUCUAUUGCUCAAUAUUUUGCUUCUGUACAGCCUGCGCCGAGCGAAAGGGCAUUGCCGCGUCACGAACACUUUGCGUACGACUUUUUGAAAGCUAUCCUGCUGUGGCUGGAUAGUGGCGUGGGCGCUUUGAUCGACGGGUUUUCUAGUCCCAACCGCAAUCAUCGCCAUCCAAUACCCCGUGACGCAGACCUUGACGCGAUUGAUGAGGUUCUGAUCCCACACCUCAUGGACCUUGCAGACGACGAUCGCAUUGUCGACGUUGACGCCAACCGGUUCGAGGCAGACGAAACUAGAGUACUCUUCUCAUCGGAAAAGGCUGCUGUAACUGCCUUUUCCGAGGCCUUGAAGAUACCCUUCACUGAUCUGACUGGCGGGGAUGACGCUUCAGACGACCAAUCCGAAGAACAACCUACGCAGGACCGCGCAACAGCCACCAGACGUUGGGCAUUGAAGGUUGGACGCGGAGUAUUGCUCAAUGCAUCUAAAAAUCUCCGCUUUUUUACCAUUGACCGGGCCUUUGGCGGACGCGGAAUUGGAGAUGACAGUAUUCGAGACAAGGAGCGAGAACAUCGCCAAAGUCAGGCAGAUGUCAAUUUGCUUGAUAAUGACAACGUUGAGGAAUACGAAUCACUCGUGAACGAGGCUUGGGGAAGGAAUACCGCUGCGGAAGAGGAGAUAGCUUCCGGUUCACGUGCGCUCGCCGAGGAAAAUUCACCUCUGCUCCAGGGUAUCACCGUGGGCGAGUUCGGCAGCAACGAGGGAUUUUUUGUACAGAGUGGAAAUGACGAGGAUGACGAGGAUGACGAUGAUGACGACUCUGAUGGCGACAUCGAUCCAUCAGAACAAGUUGAAGACGAUGAUGAUUCCGAAGGACUACCGUUGGAACGCACUCAAAGUGGGCACCUUUUGUGGCGGUCCGACUAUGACCGGAGUUCUCUACGAGAAAGUGUCCGGGCAGAUGUGCCAUGUGUCCCACACACUCGGGAAUACAAAGGCCACUGCAAUAUUCGUACGGUGAAAGAUGUGAACUUCUUUGGGCAGCAGGAUGAAUACGUAGUGAGCGGUAGUGACUGCGGCCAUCUUUUCAUCUGGGAUCGGAAAUCCGCUCAGCUUGUAAACAUCCUCGAAGGUGAUGGCGAGGUAGUCAACGUGAUACAAGGUCAUCCAUAUGAACCCGUCAUGGCCGUAUCCGGGAUUGAUCAUACCAUCAAGAUUUUCUCACCUGACGCAAACGAACAGCAGAAAGCCCGUAAAGGCAUUGGCAUUCACCGCGCCAAUCCGGACAUGGCGAGCAUCAAUUUUGGACGAAGAAGACGACCACGACACAACUCUUCUACGCCUCCGCCACGCGAUCCCGCAAUGAGCGACGACGAAGAUGACGAAGUCACAGCAAGGGGGCUCAGGAGCCGGAAGGCAAUGCACAAAUCAUACCAGAUUACAGCAGAAAACGACAUGAAUCGUCAAGGGGGUGGGGAAGAUGCUUUCAUCACAAGAGCAUUUCUAAAUCAACUAGCCCAACGACUCCACGCAAACCCCAACGCCGGAAUUGGUGAAGAUGAUAACGGUCAACCUAUUCUGCUGAACGAUGACGAUAAUUGCACCAUCAUGUGAUCUCGUUUUCCAGCCCAUCCGGCCUCCUGGAGGAAUUUGUAGAUAGCCCCUUUUUUACGUUUCUCAAUUCUUGAAUAAAUAACAAGUGAACCAAAACAUCGGCCAUGUGCUACUGCCAACUCCCCACACCUCAGUUCUCCAAUCCGUCACGCCAAAUCACCCAUGCGCCUCUGAAAGUUUAUCCCAUUCCC